AUGUUUGGGAGUGACGCACAUUUUGUUAUACAUAGACCGUCGUCGACAGAAGUCGACGAGAAGAAUAUCAGUCUGUUAGGGAAUAUUUUUGGAAAUAAAGACACCAUGCUACACCACCCUGAACCGACAUCACCGGGAAUACCCAUUGGAAAGAGAGAAGACAGCACAAUGGACUUGUCUUUUGAUGAUGAUGACGUGAAACCAAUUGAUGUGAAAGCUCAGAGCCCUAUGAUUGUCUUGAACAAAUCGAAGGGUGUUGUGAUGGAAGGGGGUGUUGCCUAUAAAGGAGAUAAGGAGGAAAUCCGAAAAUUUAAGAAGUCGAUACCUUGGAACCAACCCGAGAAGGUUGAUUUUGUGAAACAGUUUAAAGACAACCAGAGCGAGGAGGAUUACACGUUUUCGUUGGAGGAGAAGGAAGAGUCGAAGGCGUGCAAAACCGAGAAGUGUACUACAAACACGAAUUUACAAAAAGAAGAAAUUGUUGGGUGUGAGAUAGACGCGGACUUGAAGGAAGUCAUCGACAGCGAGAAACAAUUGUAUUUGCAAGCGAGUGUGAUAUAUAAAAAGAUGAGUGAAGACAUCACAAAGGGCGAUAUCACACUCACCGACGAGGAAAAAGAUGUUCUCAAGCGCGCGUAUAUACUCUUGAAAACCGAUGAUGGUGAUGUUAACUCCGAAGAAAUGAAAGAAAUCAUUAAAGAGACUGAAGGCGAGAAUGAAGCAGAACCGGUUGAAAGUGAACACACAAGCGAUGACGAUUGGGGAGAAAAGAAGGACCCUUCCGAUGUAAAGAAGACAAGCCGUGUUACAUCAAUCCAAACCUCAUUAGAUUGA